AUGUGCUUGAUUCACUGGCAUCGCCCUCAAAACGUCGCAAGGGUGGUCGACUCUAUUUGGGAUGUGGAACAUGUAGAACGAGAAAGAUCAAAGAGUCUGCCACAGUGUGAUCUCGGUAAGCCAAUUUGCUGGAACUGCAAACGGUCACGCAUCUACACAUGUGAUGGCAUUUCUGGUGGAUCAGAACAUAUUGUGCCAAAUCAUUCCAACAAGAUCAGUCAGGAUGCUACAAAGUUGGACCAUGGUCGCCAGACGGUGAAUGUGCCACAUUCUCUGAACUGGGAGUGGAUGGAGCAAAUCUUGGGGGGGUCCAAAGAUGUAUUCCGGAGCACCAGCCAAGAUGAUUCUAUCAACGAAACAAUCGUAAACGCGCCUAUAAGUCAUGGCCGAGGAGGCGGCUUUUCGGCUCACUUCUCAGCAGCGACGGAGGAAACGCAUGAAUCUCCCAACUUUAUGGAGGGAGCAUCCUUUGAUGAUCAUGCUGGACAAUGUAUCUCUCCGUCGGCGGAAUUUCGUACAUUGAUCGAAACCGAGGAAGAACUAGCAUUCAGUGACGAUACAGUCUCGGGUCUUGGCCAGCGACAGCACUCUUCGGAUGAUAUGUUGUUUUCGCCACCACAACAGCCAGAGGAAUGUCUAGCUGGAUCUGCCACUACAGAAUCUGAUCGCCGGUCGUAUUCAAGAAAGAUCCAACGGCUUGGUCUAGGCGACCUGCUCAACGGGAUACACGACAGGACUGGUGCUCUGUUGGCUCACUGGAAGUCUCAUGCAUGUCAUCUCAUGAUGCCUAUUCUAGCACCAACCUUCAACCCAUGGCUACGCCUUUAUUAUCCCUUGGCAGUAACUGGACCACCAUCGGACGCUAAAAGUUGCUUAUUCCAUGCCCUCUCAUCUGCAGCUGGAUUUCAUAAAGCCACGACGGCACGUAAGGACAAGACCACACUCAUCGGUCAAGCUCAAGAACGCAAAACAGAAGCAUCAAAAAGGCUCAGAUCAAUCGUACACGAUCUGCAGCUCUCCAAAAGUCUCCUAGCAGAUCGCAUGGACAGGAUGGCAUUACUAGCAGCUGCUAUGACUAUGGCAACAAUAGAGGUAUUCAGCGGCGAACACGAAGGGGCAGGAUACGAGCACCUGCUUCUUGCUAAACAAACCAUUCGUUUUACAGGCGGUAUCAGCUGGUGGACAUCAAACACCAAAAGUAUAACACUUCUUAGGAUCUUUAAAUGCCUACAGAUUAUUGGCGACACGUCAGGCUGGACCCAGUUCACAGAAAUGUCAGCUCAAACUGAAAGCGAAGAUCAGCCAUUCGCAAGUCUUUCCAGUCAGCUCUUUGAAGAUACAGGAGCAAAUUGUGAUCUUGCAGAAAACGUUCAGCAACAUGGAGCUUCUCAGAUUUCCUGCGAGUAUCCGCUGGACAUUACAUUUGGGGUCUCUUCACAGACACUGCAGUGUAUCAGCAAAAUUAUCGAUCUAUCUAGAGUCAAAGAAAAUCUAUCGAUGGAUGAACAAUGGUUGCAGAGCCAUGUCGAACAAUUGAAGACCCUGGAGCAUGAGGUCUACAGCGCGUUGAAUGAAUCAUCCCAUUUCGAUGGGCUCAACCUCAUUGGCUCGGGCAAUCAACAUGGAGUUUCUGACUUCAUUUGUCAAGAAAUUAAGGAAAACCACAUGGCUGCGUUUCGGUAUAGCACAGCAAUAUUCUUUCGGCGAGCCCUCUGUGACGGGGGCUCAACCAUCAUUCCACCUAGAGAACUUCGUAGCGGCGCUCUGAGUGAUGCAAGUCUUUCUGGCCAACAUCUAGUCGACAAGGCUUUGGAGCACCUCGAAAACAUUGAUGCGAUAUCAAGCGGCAUGACCGUUGCAAAUACACUUUGGGUGGCAUUCAUAGCGGCCGUGGAAGCAGUCGACAUACCCUUGCGUCACCGGGCGCUCAUUUGGUUCGCGCGUGCGAGGCGUCAUCAAAUUGGAAACAUCAAUGUUGCCAAAUCAUUGGUCAUGGAAGUGUGGCGGAGGGUUGACCGGCAGACCUGGGCUCGUAACGAAGAUACAGGUGGUCUAGGAUGUAUUGACUGGAGAAAUGUCAUGCGCGAGAAGAACAUGUAUUUCAUGUUAACAUGA